AAAGUGCAGACUGUAAGAAUCUAUUUAAAUCUUCUUACAAUCUGUUAAAAGAGUCAUUAAGUUCUGCGUUCUUUUUAAAAUCAUCUCAUAGCCAUCUUCAUAUUAUCAGCCAUGGCUCAAGAGUCCACCAUUCACGCAAAGAGGCAUGCAGUUGUGACAGGAGCAGAAAAGGGGAUUGGAUAUGAAAUAUGCAGGCAGUUAGCUUCUAAUGGGAUUUUGGUGGUGUUAACAGCCAUCGAUGAGAAAAUCGGUCUUGAAGCUGUUCAAAAGCUGAAAGACUCUGGUAUCUCUGAUGAUCUUGUGGUUUUCCAUCAACUUGACGUGGUUGACCUCAAUAGCAUCGCGUCGCUUGCAGAAUUUGUGAAAACCAAAUUUGGAAAACUUGAUAUCUUGGUGAACAAUGCUGGGAUUAGUGGAGUUGCACUAAAGGUUGACGCUUUUAAAAGAGCCUUUGAACAAGCUGGUGAUUUCCCAACUGGAAAGCAAGUGUGGGCUGAAAUUGGAACUCAAAGUUAUGAGAUGGCAGAACAAUGUGUGAAAACAAACUACUAUGGUGCAAGAGGAAUGGUAGAAGCACUAGCUCCCCUCCUACAGUUGUCUGAUUCACCGAGGAUCGUAAAUGUCUCUUCAAAGCUGGGGCUUUUAAAGAACAUAAACAAUGAAUGGGCAAAAGGAUUGCUGAAUGAUGUUGAAAAUCUCAAUGAAGAUAGAGUAGAUGAGGUUGUGAACGAGUUUCUUAAAGAUUUUAAGGAAGAUUUGCUGGAAUCCAAAGGCUGGCCAACUUAUCUGCCUGCCUAUAUUGUUUCUAAAGCUGCCAUGAGUGCCUACACAAGGAUUCUGGCCAAGAAGUACCCCAGUUUCUGUGUGAACUGUCUCUGUCCUGGCUAUUGCAAGACUGACAUAACUACCAAUACAGGCAUCUUCACCGCGUCCGAGGGAGCCGAAAAUGCUGUGAGGCUGGCAUUGCUGCCUGAAGGAGGGCCUUCUGGCUGUUUCUUUUACCAGAAACAAAUGCUGCCAUGCUUUUGAAUGAAAAUGAAUCAUUAUAAUAAUGAUGUGCAAAGUGACAGCAAGACAUUGAAAUUUUGCUGCUUGAUGUAUUCACUUGCAGCCUUCCAGGCAAGAUAAACUGGAGUUACUGUCUGUGUGAGAGGUUGCAUUUCAACUUCAUAUUAUAACAAGUUGGCUAAAAAAUAAUUUUACAAUAAA